UGUCACGGUAACCGGUAUAGCGGUAAACCUCUGUAAAAAAGUUGACAAUAAAAAUAACCGUCCAGUUUUUAAAAAAACUAAAUUAUCUCGGUGGGUUUACCGCGACCGCGGUUUAGGCGCGGUGACCCUUACCAGCCACCGUCGCUUCUGCUGAAGGUCCCGCGCACACGCACUUUUUAGUUUGCAACCAAAACUUUGAAGCUGAAAUAACGGCCGAAGGAGGAGACGGCAGCGCCCAGGACAUCCAUCAGCCCUCAAAGAAGACUAAAUCGGAAGUAUGGGCAUAUUUUGGAUUUCUGAAAAAUGCUGAGGGACAGUUAAUAGAAGACUGCUAUCCUGUUUGCAGAACGUGCAGGAAACAAGUGUCUGCAAAAGGCAGCAACACUUCGAAUCUAAUGGCACAUCUGCCUGACCAUCACCCACGUCUCUACAGCCAGUGCAAGGUAAGUUAACAUUAGCAUUUUAGCUUAAAUGCAUGACGUGAGGACUUUUGGUUGAGGGAGAAUGCACUACAUACUGCAGCCGCAGCGCCCUCUGCCAGCAUUUAAACUGAGUCACAGACACCCUGUUGCUGGAUGAAGCAUCUUAUUUGUUGAUGAUGAAGAGAAAUAUACAAUUAGUUCCUUGUCAUUGAUUUGUUUACUUAUUCAAUGCCAUUUAUACUUGAACAUUUGGAUUUGAUUACAUAGUGUAGUAGUUAUUUUAGUAAUUUGUUUAAAGUGGCUAUUUAUUUUAAAUACAUAUUUUUUUAAGGUUGACUUCAAGUCAAGUGUGGACUGGAGUUUUAGAUUUUCAUUUUGAUAAUGAAGAAAACAAGUAUAUGAGAAAACAAGUGGUGUUUCUUUGAUUUGUUUACAUAUUGUUUAUGUUUCGAAUGUUUGGAUUUGUAUAAUUUAAACCUGCACUGACUACUGUAACAUGUUCCAGAAAAAUAAGCUAUUUGUUCCUUUACUUGUGAAAAGUUGCACUUUUGCUAAGGCUUUGUGUUAUUUUAGGUUUAAUAAACACUGUUAAACCUUUUCAGAACUAUUUCAGUUUGUGUAGAACAGGCCUAUCAAUGCUUUCUGAACAUAUGCAACACCGUUAAAAAAAUACGCGAUAAUACCGAAAACCGUGAUAAUUUUGGUCACAAUAACCGUGAGGUUAAAUUUUCAUACCGUGACAACCCUAACCUGUUGCUCAUCAGGCUUGCCAUAGGACACGCAGGGCUUUAUGGGAGAUAAUGAUGGAAGACGAAAAAAAUAAAGUAAACAGAUGUGUAAUUAUCUGUUUUUUUAGAACACAGCAAAUACACUUUCUUGGCAAUCCUUGUCAUUGUGCACAGAAAAAAGUUUAAACAGAAAAAGAAACAAUGUGUGUGGACAUGGAAAUUCCCGGGCAGCCAUGUUGACGCAUGCACCGUGUGAGCGGCACUGAUACAUUUGAGUUGCUUCUCUGAUUCAACAGUGCAACAUUCUCACAAGUGAUGAGCAAAAUAUCAAACAUAUUUGAUAUUCGUGCGAAUACACUAUUACUGAUUGGGAGCUGGUCGUGAUGUGUUAAUCGCUUCUCGUAAAUCCUGUAUACUACACAGUAAAACAUUGGGUGUUAAAAUCACAGUGUAAAAUAAUUUUAACCUAGAUAGAGUAUUUACAACUAUUUGAAGAGUAAAUCAACUCAAACUGUAGAGUUAAAAUUCGGUGUUAAAAUCUGCAGACAUGCAGAGUUAAUUUCUACUCUACAGAGAGUUUAUUUCAUUUACCCGCCUAUUUCCAAAGAGUCAUUAAAAGCUGCUUGGUGCUUGUCUGAACCAGUCUGGACUUGCUCUGGAGUGCAUGGUGCCAGUCAGGUAAGUCAAUUUUAGCAUUUCUAAAUUACUAAUGUGGUUUUGAAAUUAUUGUUCAAGUUAAGGUUUUGUAAUGUAACUAUUGUCAUUAAGGAGUAAGGACACUGCAGACUGCUGCUUUAGUCAAAUGUGGUCACUGGGACAGAGACGAGUCACCAUACAAUAAGUUAGACUUAUUUAUUAAUUUUGUUGUUAAUGGAGUUAAAAAACUGUAGGUAAAAUAUGUGUAACAUUAGAAGUCGCUCCAAAUAAAGGCAGGUAUUUGUGGUGAAGUUCUAGUAACUUUUAAAUUUUGAAAUAUUAGCAAUUUAGCAUUAUACUGAACUUAUCUGUGUCUGAAUAUUGUGACGUGCAACAUUUAUCUGUACCAUAUUUAUAUGUCGAUGAUCUGUACCAGUUUAAACAAUUAAAUAAGUGUUAGGUCAAAUUAAAUAUAUAAUAUGACCCACCAUUGUUAGCAUUCUUAGCUAACCUUGUUGCUAGCUUACUUGCGAUAAAGCUAUCAUACUCCUAUCAGAGCACAUGGAACCGUUGGACCGCAUCGUUCGAGUUAGUUUUCCGAGUAGCAGCGCAGCACCGCUAGCAUAGAAGCUAGCAGGCCUUACCACCUGAUGGAAGUCUGUCGGGCCCUCCUCGGCAAGUAGCAAUGUCCGCUUAAAUAAUGCUAGUUUUUCUUACAGAAGAUCAUUACCAAAGUAUGAUGUAUAAUAACUAUUUGUUUUGCCCGUUGUGCUUGUGCAACAGUUUGUGUGUUGUAAAAUUGUGACACUAAUUAACAGAAAGAAGUUACGUUACAGCAGACGCCUACAAAGCGAGCCGAGUAGUCGAUGUGUGGCUGUGCUCGGGGUAAAGUGCGCAUCGUCCUGCUUGCGACACAGCCAUUUAUUUGUCGAAUUUUAACUUCUUAAACGCCGAAACGUAUUUUUAAAGUACUGUCAUCAUCAAUAAAAUAAGUGCAUUUAUAAAGUUUUGAUGCCUACAUCGCCUAUAAAAAUCUUACCGUAUGUGACAAAUUGGGAACCCCAUAUCUGAACCUCUAUUUUUGCUCGUUGUUUGUGUGAUACACAUAGCUCACACAAGGAUGCAGGCAUCCUGGAAUGGCUAACAAAGCUAAGUCCAGUCACAAAGACAAAAUGUACCAGAACCCGAAUAAACCUUCUAUCCUGGAUUGAGUCGUGUGUGGCUAUGAGAUGACUUAAGGCAACAGUCGACCAGUUUAACCACUAUCACAAACGAGCAUCAGACACAAUUAAGAUUUCAGGCUGCAGCAGCUGACUUGAUGUUUUUCUUUUGUUAUUACUGGAGCAUUUAUCUAAUUAUUGAUAUAGAAAUUAUCUUUGUAUAUUUAUUUUUUCUAAAAUAAAGCAUCUCAUCUAAAGCACUAUACACUAUUAGGGGAAAUUAAUGUUUUUUUUUUUUUACUUUUGUUUUAACAGGAAAAUGCUGCUGCGUGUUUCAUUUAGUGGGGAGCAGAAGUAUGUAAGACUGUCUGACCUAACACUUGAUGCCUUCCUGAAAGAAGUGUGUCUAAAAUUUGACAUACCAGGAGAAAAACUGUUCGAUCUGAAGGUGUAUGACCAGUCUGACACCCAAAUUGAUGCUGAGGUUUUUGAGGAAAUAGUGAAGGAGUCCCCAGGCACAUUUCGAGUCAUGAUGAGUAAUGAAGAACUUGGUUCUUCUCUAUCACCAUUGGCUACAUCAUCUUCAGCAUCUUCUGAUGAUACUAUUAUUCUGAACUUCACCAUGUGUGAUCCUGCUGAAGAUUCAGCAACUGAUGGAGGAAAUCAGCCUAAAAAGCCAUGUCACAUAAACUACGAGGCACUGGCAUUGAUUAAACAGAUCCUAACUACAAAGCCUGGUGGUGAACGCAUCAUGCAGGAGUACGCAAAAACCAAAUCUUUGACAGAUGCCACCAGAAGACAGAUGAUAAACAUUCUAGCUGCUGAGAUGACAGAAAAGCAUGGAACAUCUCCCCCUCGAACUGUCAGAGUGAUGUAUGCACAAGGAAUUGUUGCCUUGUUUCCAUAUCUGGAAGACCCCCUUUCAAAACAUGGAUAUGAACACUAUUACGAUCCAGAGAGUGGGUCAGGAUACCUUGCAUGGCGCUUGAAGACCAUUCAAAGAAAAGCUGCUGAGGAGAAGGGUGCAUCAGUAAGGAAAUCUACCAAAAUUGGUGGGCCAGGCCAUGGACAAUCCAACUUAGCUGCUGACAAAAUGCAGUCUAAUGAGGAUGUGGAAGCAGCUCUUGCUGUUUUGAAACACACUGCUGAUGAGGACACUAUUCGUGAGAAGAUGAGAGCCACAUUUGCAUAUCGCAAUUCACUGGUCAACGAUGACAAGACAACAGAUGUCUUCUCAGUCUUUCCACGGUUUUUGGACACACCGGGACUGAUAGAACAAGAUUUCAGACUUCUGUUUGGUGAGGAAACUGCCAACAAAUUCUUGGUGAAGUGGCCCACCUCUAUUAAAGAGAAGGUUAUCGUGGAAAGCCAUAGACUGGUACCCACUCCAGAACUCUUACACUUGCUGCACAACACUGAGUCAGCAGCUGAAGAUGAAAAUGGCUGGGACAGUGACAUGUCUGCAAUCUUGCUGCUGCUACAUCUGCUACCACCUUCUGCACAAGGACGAAAGAGGCCAGGAAAGAUGUCUGCAUCUCAAGCCGCAGAUCACCUCAUCAGAUUCCUAAAGGCUGGAACCAGUGUACAACAGCAUCUAGACCAUAUUAGCCAAAGCUGCCAGCCCUACCUUCUUGCUCAGGGAACUACAAGAAGCAGGAUCCACACCUUCUUCAUUGUGAUCGACAAGCAUGCACUUCCAUGCAAGGCAACUGGUUCAGUGGGAGCUCUUGAUGAACUCUUUAAAGCUCAUUAUGUAUUCGGUACGUCAUACAGUCAUGCCCUGACCAACUUUUUCACUUUUCUCCAAACAACCGUUUACAACAUCGAUGUAGCAGAAACAAAACAAACUCCCAGAGUUGCAGAGUUGCGAGCAAGAAUGCUGCGCUAGAAUCGGGUGAGCCAUAACAAUGAAGUGUUUUCUUUGCAAAAGGGACCGUGGUACACCAAACAGCCUUAUUAAGCACCUUAAAGUAAUCCAUGGUCUCUGCACUGGCAGGACUCUUUAUCUUAAAUGUGGCCAAAUGGGAUGCUCACGUUCUUUUGGUAGUUUUUCUGGUUUUAGAAAGCAUCUAAACAAGUGUCAUGUUGACAAUUCAUUUAAUUCAGUUGAAGAACCCAAUGUUUCAUCUUGUCAAAGUGUUCCUAACACAAGUAAUUCCACUGAUUUUCAAGUAUCUAAAUGUUUAGAGACCGAGUCAGGUUUAUCUUCAGCUAACCUUGUAAAUAGUUGUGCAAGUGUAAUUUACGAUCUACAGGCUGCAGGUUUAGGCCAAAGCAUUGUGAACUCUGUUGUUGGUUCCAUGGAAGAGAUAGUUAAAGAUGUUCAGCAGCAUGCAAAAGAAACUGUCAUUAGACAUGUAUUUAAUGAUGAAAGAGAAACAGAAGUUUGCAAAAAAGUUGAAGCUUGUUUUGACGACUUAGAUAAUCCUUUUUCAAUUCUUAAUUCAGAAUACAAGCGAUCAAAAUUUUUAUCAGAAAAAAGGGAAAUUGUAGAACCACUUGAAUACGUAAUUGGCUCCAGAUUUGACACAAGGCGAAAUAAAAGCACUGGAACAUAUGAUCAGAUAGUAGUUAAAGAUAAAUUCAUGUACAUUCCAAUUUUAUCUACACUGCAAUCAGUAUUCAAUAGUCAGUAUGCUGCAGAAAUGUUGAUAAGCUUAGACACUAAUGACUCAACACUCAGAGAUAUUAGUGAUGGUUCUUUUUUCAAAACUCAUCCUCUGUUUUCAACUGAAAAACAUACAGUACAGAUACAAAUGUUUUAUGACGAUUUUGAGGUUGCAAAUCCUCUUGGUUCCAAGCGAAGUAUUCACAAAAUGGGUGCAAUAUAUUUUACUUUAAGAAAUUUUUCUCCAAAAUGGAAUUCCGUCUUGGCCAACAUACACCUCUGUGCUUUGUUUCAUGCACAAGAUCUUAAACGAUAUGGUUUUAAUGAAAUCCUUGCUCCUGUUGUUCGAGACAUUAAAGUGUUGGAAAGUGAUGGCAUUGUUAUUCCACUGUAUGGUGGUUGUGUUCGUGGCAGUUUGGUCCAGGUUACUGGUGAUAAUUUAGCCUUGCAUAGCCUGUUUGGUUUGGUGGAGUCUUUUAGUGCAAGGUACUGUUGCAGGUUUUGUUUAGCUGAAAAAGAUGACUUUCAAACAGAAUUUUCUGAAGAUUCUCCAAAAAUAAUAUUGCGCACCAAAGACACCCACACUGCCCACUGUCAAGAGAUGGCUGGUUAUCCCUCUCUUCCUUAUGUUUUUGGUGUAAAGAGUUCAUGCGCACUAAAUUCACUGACUUAUUUUCAUACAUCUGAGAACUUUGCAGUUGAUGUGAUGCAUGACAUUUUAGAAGGGGUGGCCCAGUACGAACUAAAGCUUUUGUUUCAGCAUUUUAAAGGACAUUAUAUCACACUGAGAGAGCUGAAUUUGAGAAUACUGAAUUUUGAUUAUGGAUUCAUGGAAAGAAACAAUCGGCCAGUUGCAGUGAAUUUAAGUGAGGAGUCUAAUGAUUUGGGACUGAAUGCAAUUCAGUCGUGGUGCUUGCUAAGGAAUGUUCCUCUCAUUUUUGGAAAUUUGAUAACCUCCACUGAUCGACAUUGGGAUCUACUUCUUUUAUUACUUCAAAUAGUCAACAUUGUAUUGUCUCCUAAGUUGUCACAAGGACUUUGUGUAUAUUUGAAACAUUUGAUUGUGGAUCACCACAAACUGUUCAAGAAUUUGUAUCCACAUAAGAAACUUUUACCAAAGCACCAUUUCCUCAUCCAUUAUCCACGUUGUAUUCAGAAAAUCGGACCUGUACUUCAUACUUGGUGCAUGCGCUAUGAAGGUAAGCACAAUUUUUUCAAAAAACAGCUUAAAUCAUUUAAAAAUAUCACCAAAACUCUAGCCAAAAAACACCAGAGACAUAUGGCAUACAUUUGGCAAUCUUCUUCUACUUUUAAUCGUUUAGACAUUGGUCCAGGGAAAAUGGUGUCUUUGAAAAUGAUAAAAGGAGGCUCUGUUAUUGCCAUGUCAAUGCAAGUGCCACAUGGUAUUCAAGUUAUGAAAGUCAACUGGGCAAAACACAAUGGCUUUAUUUACCGCCCUCAUCUGGUUAUUUGUGGCAAAGUUGAUUUUGAAAUGCCGAUAUUUUAUCAGAUUGAGUCAGUUCUGAUAAUACAUGAGAAACUGUUUCUGCUAACUGUGCCUUUAUGCACAGUUAGCUUUCAGGAACAUGUCCAUGCAUAUGAAGUGGCCAGGACAACACAAGAUUUGGUUUUGUUUCAUGCUGACCACCUGCUGUAUCCCAGGCCUUUUGAUAUACAAAUGUCAUAUGGAGUGAAUGACUCACUUCUCCUUGUUGUUCCAUAUUGUUUUCUGUGGUGAUUGCAUUAUUCAAAAAUGUUUGAUUACAAAUAGUAAUGUGAUUAUGGACAGUAGCUUUCAAUGUCCAACUUUUUAUGCAACUAUUACAACUGUUUAUACAUUUGAGAAUGUAAAGUAUCUUUGCAUUGUGAAUAAAUGCUGUCAAAGUUA